AUGUCGUCAGUGGAUACAUUCUUAGCAAUCACAAACACAGAAGAUGCCGCGGUGGCUCAGCAAUUUAUAGAAAUGGCAGGAGGUGAUAUUGAUACCGCUGUAUCUCUAUUCUUUGAGCAUGGUACAGAUGCGACAGCUACAGACAACAAUCCUGUUCGAAGCGACGAACAGCUGGCCCAAGAUUUACAAAAUGACGCCUACAAUGACGAAGUACGAGCCCCAAUACAGCCGGUCACCGAACAACUAGUUGACACACUCUACCCAGUGUCUGGAAAUGGUAUUCCCAUUGAUCCCUCCACUGCUAUUUUCGGCUCUAGACCAACGGGCAUAUUCAACCAAACUUUUGGGGGUGAUCAAGAAGAAAUUGAUGACGAUGUGGAUAAUCAAUUCGAAACCAUCAUGGAUGAAGAAGGUAAUAUAGUCCAGCGUCAUAGAAGCAAUUACUCAAGAGGAAUAGAUGUGGACAAUAUGACAGCUACACAAAGGAGGUUAGCUAAUUUGUUCAGACCUCCAUUUGAUAUCAUGGAAAAAUACAACCUGGCCACAGCAAAAACCGAAGCCCGUUCUAAGCAGAAAUGGAUUUUAAUCAACAUUCAAGAUCCUACUGAAUUCCAAUGCCAAAUGUUGAAUAGAGAUUUCUGGUCCAAUACCGACAUCAAGGAUAUAGUGCACGAAAAUUUCGUUUUCCUGCAGUACCAAAAAGAUUCAGUAAACGGUGAUGAUUAUACCAAUUUUUAUCAUUUUGAAAGCUUCCCUCACAUUGCAAUCUUAGAUCCAAUGACGGGAGAAAGGUUGAAGGUCUGGAGUACUGUUCCUAAUAUUAGUGAUUGGAUUGAACAAGUGGUUGAUUUUUUGAGCUCUCACUCUUUAACGGGAGCUACUGGAUCUGUAACACCACUACCACAACAAAGAUCAAAUCAAGCUGAAUUGAUUUCCCUAGACUCUGCAUGGGAGGAUGCUGAAGAAGACGGCGACGAGGAAGAAUCUGCUCCAGGAUCUUCUGAGUCUGAGGGCUCUUCUAUUCAAAUUAUAAAUAACAACACAACUCUUGCUAUAAAGCCAAUUGAAAAUGAAGAGCCUCCACAAGGUCCUGAUUCGACAAGAAUUCAAAUACGUACAUCAGAUGGUAAACGAGUUGUUCGCAGAUUUUUAUCAUCUGACACUGUUCGCAGCCUUUUUGAAUUCGUCAAAUUUUAUUUCAAGGAUAUUAUAGAAAACCAUGAAUUCCAACUUACGAGCCAAAGAGUCAAUCUCUUUGAAUCUUUAGGGAACACUAUCGAGGAAGCCAACCUGAAGAAUGCAUCAGUGUUGCUAGAAGUUAUAAAAGAUUAA